UAUGAUCCAUGGUUUAAACUGUUCGCGUGCAAUGUAAACCGGUAAGAAAUACAACAAUAAUUAUUUCAUCAGUGGAACAAAACCCAAGCACUAAAGUGGAUAUAGCGCAAUGAACACAAAAGAAGACCCGGUAGCUGAAACCAGAAGACAUUUGGAGCAAACGGAAAAGACCAGGCUUUUAUCUUCAUCACGAUCAGUGGAAAGAGGAUUACGAACUGGAAAAACACCAACUGUUUAUCAUUGGAUCUAUUUAUGCGUUUUGACGGCCGCCAUCCAUUUAUUGUUCCCAAAUGUAAGAGAAGUCUUUCCUCUUAUUCUUGCAUGUUUGGCAAUAGGAAUAACUAUGGGCACCACUGCCGCUCAGGCUCCUGCUAUAAUGUUUGAAGCAUCCGGCUUCGACAGGUAUCCGCAGGGAAUGGCUAUGGUUAACGUUAUGUAUGGAAUUGGUGACGGGCUUGGUCCUUUGUUAGGAGGUAUGAUAAAGGAUCUUCUUGGGACUUAUGAUUUAAUUUUCUAUAUUGCAGGUGGAGUCAGUGUGUACAUGAGUAUUUCUACUAUAAUCGCUGCAUAUUAUAUGCGAAGACGUAACCAGCAGGAAAGACUUGAAUUAUGGUAGAACACGACACUUUGCGAACUUUCGAGUAGCGUCUUGAAAUUUUGCAUGUGUAACCAGUUUUUAUACAGGAGACGUCAAAGUUGACCACCAAAGCCCGUUUUUGAAACUGACGUUGCCGCGUAUCCUUGUCAACUGUUACGGGUACUGCAACGGCACCAGCCAACACAUUUUCUUAAAUUAUACAUUAUUCGACGAGAAUUAUUUUUUCCUUUGUGGUGAUGUAAAAACCAUUGUUUUACAGCGACAAAUAUUUGAAAAAUUGAGAGAAAAUUGCCGUUUUUGACUAAAAAUUGACGUUCAGUUUCGCAGCAUUUUACGGCUUUAAAUCACCAUAUUAAAAAAUCCCUGAAUUAAAUUUUUGAUUUUUUUUCAAUAAACGGUGUUUAAAAUGUAUACCGAGUCCAAAACACAAAUAAAACUGGGGGGUCACCGACUUAGUUUUCUCG